UGGCUGCUUUAUAAACAACACUUACAUAUAACAUACUCCAUAUCUGGAAUCAUUUCUCUCUGACAAUUGUGCAUUAAGAAUGGGACCUGACAAUGUGGAGUAUCGAGAGUUAACCCUUGUUGAUUCCCACUGCACAGAAAAUACAUCCGAAAUUUUGAUCACGCUCUCUUUUCCUUCCAAUGUGCAAAAUAAGAUUGAUAUGUCCGAAGUGUGCAACCUUGAAGCAAAAUUGUCAAAUGGUUGUGUAACCAUAAUAGGAGUCGAUAAAACCAACGGUACCUUCUUUGCAAAAGCUUUCAAGGUAUCACGAAACUUCAAAAGUCGCGGCUAUACAGUUGGAACGCAAAUAGGAAACAAGAUUCUUAUAACCAUAUACAAAAUACCUGUAGAAGCAAAAGAGGACGAGCAAAGGAAAGGCCACACAUACAAUCCAACCCGAAUAACGCCAUCGGCUGAAAACAAAAAACCAAGCCGGGACAUAAGCAGGGAGGUUCUCAUUCUUGUUAUUACAAUGGUUGCAAUCGUGGCAUUAUCUUCAAUUCUUCAUUGUUCUUUAGCCGUGUGAAUCAGCCUAUCGUUUAAGUUGCACACUCUUUUCCUCGGCCAUAAUAUAUAUCACGUACCCAAUCACAUAUAUGCAUUUAGUUGUACGUGGCCGAGUAAGACCGUUCAAUCACUAUACGAUCGUGUGUAAAUUGUAAUCUACUGUCUUAUUUACUCUCUUGUCAAUAAAUGUAUAAAUAAAUAAAACAAAUUUCAGAAAUGGUA